CUUGUCCGGGGUUUCCCUCUCGGGUUUGCUCCGCCGCCACUCCGAGCCCAGACUCGAGGCUGUCCCCUGGGAGGCUGUCCCCUGGCCGAGCUUCGCCUUCGUCAUGGCGCUCAGCGAUGCAGACGUCCAGAAGCAGAUUAAGCACAUGAUGGCUUUCAUUGAACAAGAAGCCAACGAGAAAGCAGAAGAAAUAGAUGCAAAGGCAGAAGAAGAGUUCAACAUUGAGAAAGGUCGUCUUGUGCAAACCCAAAGACUGAAGAUUAUGGAGUACUAUGAGAAGAAGGAAAAGCAGAUUGAGCAGCAGAAGAAAAUUCAAAUGUCCAAUUUGAUGAAUCAAGCCAGGCUGAAAGUCCUCAGAGCAAGAGAUGACCUCAUCACUGAUCUGCUAAAUGAGGCAAAGCAGAGACUCAGCAAGGUAGUAAAAGACACAACCAGGUACCAAGUGCUGCUGGAUGGGCUGGUCCUCCAGGGCUUGUACCAGCUGCUGGAGCCUCGGAUGAUUGUGCGUUGCAGAAAACAAGAUUUCCCCUUGGUGAAGGCCGCAGUACAGAAAGCAAUUCCUAUGUAUAAAAUCGCCACCAAAAAAGAUGUUGACGUCCAAAUCGACCAGGAGGCCUACCUGCCUGAUGACAUAGCUGGUGGAGUUGAAAUCUACAAUGGGGACCGCAAGAUAAAGGUUUCCAACACUCUGGAAAGCCGGCUGGACCUCAUAGCCCAGCAGAUGAUGCCGGAAGUCCGAGGAGCCUUGUUUGGUGCAAAUGCAAACAGGAAGUUUCUGGACUGAGCCUGGGGAGGUGCAGUGCUCCUGGAGAAGCAGAUGUCCGUGUGGCUUUCUCUUUCUGUUCUAAUACUGGUAAUCAGUGGACGCCCUCUGCAGCUAAUGCCCUCAGCCCCGUGACGACAGCAGGGCCGCUUGGUGUGGACGGGAACCCAGCCCCAGCUCACCUGGCCACAGCUGUGCACUGGUUCUGUCAGGACGUGAGGGUCAGAUGGUGCGCCAGCCCUCCCCAAGGCCCCCUUCUUCCCUGCUCCUAGGCGAGUCUAGAGUGGGUUGUGCAUGCUGCCCUUGCUCUUUGGGUGGAGAGUGCAUGUGGGCCUUGCGUUCCUCCAGCAACACUAGCUUCACUGUUACUGUUUAGCUCUAGUUUUCUUUAUCUGUAAGUAUGAUUUAAAAUCUAAGCCACAAGUAUUCUUUAUUUAUUAAAACAAAAGGUUCAUGUGGA